AUGGAGGCGCCGUCGAACUACGAGUAUCCGACGCUAAAGCGGUCGGAAAUUAUUCAAAUCCUUACCCAAUUUGAAAUUGCAUCCAUAUCGGAUCACGACAUUACCCACCCCAAAUCCGCCGUCGUUUUGGAUCUCUACAUACGCAUACUCAACCACCUUGGUUUUCUCUCCGAGGAAAAUGACGAACAACUCGACUUCGAUGUCCUAGAGCAUCUUGAUGAUCCCAGUCUCCACGCCGAACCGGUUCGCGUUUUGAAGGUUUAUAACAAGAUCAAGGAAGUGCUUCACAUUCUACAAUGUCCCAAGAAAUUUCACAUGGGCGAUCUUGCCCUGCCCGAGCCACCUCGGACUGUGUUUUUCCUCGGCGCGCUUCUCAAUUUCUUAAUGGACAAGAAUAGAAGAAUGAACUCCAUUUCAGAAAUUGUAGAGGAAGUCGGCGCUUUAGAACAGAAGAUACUGGAUAUUGAAGAGAAUAAGAUUAUGCAGUUGAAUUUGGCUAUUGAGGAAUGCAAGGAAGCCAGAGAAAGGGAGAUGCCUUUAGUUCAGGAGGUCGAUAAAAACGUUAAAGAGUUGCAACAAACUGUUGCUGAACUUAAUAACAAACAGAUGUCCUUGAGGACUAAUUUGAGAAAAUUGAAGGAGAAGACUUUGGAAAUGGACGAUAAGAUUUCUGCUGCUCAAUUUAGUGUGGUACAAAAUGUUCAAGAGAAUGCGAAUUUACGUUCGAAAAUUGCUCAAUCGCCAGAUAAAGUACAGAGGGCUUUAGAGGAAAAGAAAAUAGCUCGAGAAGAGGCCAGAAAUGCUGAAAGAUUAGCCAUGCAGACUUUCCAUGAGAAGAAUACCCUCGUCAAUGUUUUUGCCAAGGUUAACAAGAAAAUGUCAAAGCACUGCAAGCAGAUUCUGGCUAUAGAAGAACAGGUCAAUUCUGCUAAAUCUGUUGAAAAGAAUCUUAAAGCACUAAAAGCUAAACUUGGUGACGAAGAAGUACUGGAGAAGUCACUUGAGGCCCAAUUGGUUGAAAGGCAAAGCAAAGUUGAACAUAUUGAAGGGUUGAAGAAGCAGUUGGAGAAAAAAUACAAUACUGUGAUGGAGGAAGGAACUAAAUACCUAAGCAGUAAAAAAUCAGAGGUGGAAUCAAAGAGAUCCGAGAUUGAAACUAGAGAGAGAAAUGUUGGGAAUGUGUUAUCAAAGGUGGAUGCUGUAAACAGUGAAAUUACUAGAGUAAAAGAAUCUGCAGCAGCUAAAAAGGAUGAGUUGGAUAGUACAAGAAGAGAGGUAGUCGAAGCGUUUCGUAAGUAUUGCGACAAGUUUGCACGUGUGGCUGAAACUGUGCCAAAGGUCGGCCAAAAGUCGACCAUUAAAGGAGCUGGAUUUGACAAUUUGGUUUCAAUUUAA